UGGUGGAGAUUCAUACAACAGACGACAUAGCAACAGGAUUGUAAACAAACAAUCACGCAAUCAUGCAAUCCGGAAGUUUACAACUGACAAGACAAUGCAUCCUCUUUUACUGAAGAGCAGCAUAAGAGCGACAGGUUUUCAAGAUGAGCGAAAGGAGGCUGGGGGAUCUCCGGCUGGACCAGACAGUAUUCUUCUGCUGUGACAUGCAAGAAAAGUUUCGCCCAGCGAUCAAACAUUUUUCCGAUAUAUUGCAGAUCGCACAGAGAUUGGUGAAGGCAUCAAAGAUUCUCAACAUUCCUCUGAUUGUGACUGAACAGUACCCUAAAGGCCUAGGCGCGACAGUCUCCGAACUGGAUGUUGCCCAUGCCGUCGAGGUUUUCCCCAAGACCAGGUUCACCAUGUUGCUGCCAGAGGUGGAACAGAAGCUGCAGUCUCUCCCAAACAUCAAACAUGUCGUCCUGUUUGGCAUUGAGACUCAUGUGUGCAUUCAGCAGACAGUGAUUGACCUUCUCAAAAAGGACUACGAGGUUCACGUUAUCGCUGAUGCAUGUUCGUCUCGCUCUCAGAUGAACCGACUCUUCGCAUUGGAGCGAUUCCGACAAAGUGGCGCCAUAGUAACAACAAGCGAAGCUGUACUUCUGCAGCUGGUCGGAGACAAGGAACAUCCUAACUUCAAGGAGAUCCAGUCCCUCAUCAAGGAACUCGGUCCAGAGUCAGGGCUGGGCUGCAACUUAUGAUACAAACAAUAUUUUGACUGCAGCUUGUACGGAGUCAGUCGCACCACCUAUACACUGUCUAUGUUUUAUAUAUCCCGAACAGUAAAGUCCUUUAAACAGUU